AUCUCACCCAAUAAACUCAUAGAGAAAAAAACACUCUGCGCCAACCAGCCCACUCCUUGAAUCCAGUCACUCAUUCUCUCUCAAAAAAUCCACGUCAUUCCUUCCUCUCUCGCUAUUUUUUUAAUUAAUUGCAGCAGUGAAAAUGUUCCCAAAUAGUUAUCCCCCUCCCCACCCACAAGCUGCACCACCGCAACAGCAACAACACUACCAACACCACGCCCCGCACAACCCACUUAAUCAACAGCAACCCUUCCAGCAAAACCCCGUGAUAAACCAGCAGCCUAAUUACUAUCCUCCUCAACAGAAUUAUCCUCCUCCUCCUCAGCAGCAGCAGCAGCCAGUCUACCCACCAACUUAUCAACAAAAUUCGUAUCCACAGCAACAGCAACCCUACAACCCCUCCACCCCGCUCUACCCCCAACUGAACCAACAACUCUCUGGCCUAUCAAUAACCAACUCUGGUUUUAACCGCUUGUGGGGCUCGGACCAGGUCGAUUUACUCAAACACCGCCAUCAAAUUUUACCUCCGUAUGGAGUCAAACCACCGGAAAUCAGACAUACCAAUGAGUUUUGGAGGGAUAAAAAUGCUGCCCCGGACAUCUUCCGCUGCACCCUGACGAAAAUCCCGGAAUCGAAAACCCUCCUCCAGAAAUCCCGUCUCCCACUGGGAAUCCUAAUCCACCCGUUCAAGGACCUCACCCAGCUCCCCGUCGUCCAGUGCUCCACCAUCGUCCGGUGCCGCUCCUGCAGGACCUACAUCAAUCCUUUUGUUUAUUUCAUCGAUAAUCGGAGGUGGAAGUGCAACCUCUGCUUCAGAGUCAAUGAUUUACCCGACGAGUUCCAAUACGACCCUUUGACAAAAACCUACGGCGACCCCCACCGCCGUCCCGAGAUCCUCUCCGGAACAAUAGAAUUCCUCGCCCCGGCCGACUACAUGGUCCGUCCUCCUCAGGCCGCCGUGUAUUUAUUCUUACUAGAAACCACCGUAUCCGCUCUGGAGUCUGGUUAUCUAAAAAUAAUCUGCGACACGCUGCUCGAUAAUUUAUCCACGCUUCCGGGGGACUCUCGAACACAGAUCGGAUUCAUCACUUUCAACUCCAGUGUUCACUUUUACGAUUUGAGUGGGAAUACGGCGAAAAUGAUGGUGGUGACGGACGUGGAGGAUGUCUUUGUGCCUUUGCCGGAUGGACUUUUAGUUAAAUUGGAUGAGUUUGAGGAGAAUGUGAGGGGGUUCCUCAGGGGGUUGCCCGGGAUGUGGAUGAAUGGAGCGAGUGUUAAUGGGGGGUCAGGCGGGAGCUGUUUGGGAGCAGCCGUGUCCGUUGCCCAAAAAUUAUUGGCCCCCCUCGGCGGCCGCCUCACCAUCUUCACCCACACGCUCCCCACCCUCGGGCCAGGCUCCCUCCCCCCACGUGACUCUUCAAAAACCCUCCCCCAACUAACCAAAGAUUUGAAUCCGGCAACAGAUUUCUACAAGAAAAUCGCUCUGGACUGUUCCGGGCAGUACAUUGCCGUGGAUUUGUUCUUCACUGGGAAUGCUCACUCGGACAUUGCUUCUGUCUCUUGUAUCAGCAAGUUCGGGGGGUGUGUCUAUAGGGUGAAUGGGCUGGAGGGCCCGAAUAGGAAGCUGUUUUUAGAGGGGUGUUUUAGUAGGUAUCUCACGAGGAAGAUUGGCUUCGAGGCGGUGAUGCGGGUCAGGUGUAGUCGUGGUCUGUCGAUCCACACGUUCCACGGAAAUUUAUUCGUCCGCUCCACGGAUUUGCUCUCCCUGCCAAACUGCAACCCGGACGCUGGGUUCGGGAUGCAGGUCUCGAUCGAUGAGGAUCUCAGGGACUUUCAACACGUCGCGUUCCAGGCGGCAUUGCUUUACACGAGCUCAAAAGGGGAACGCCGCAUCCGUGUCCACACCCUCUGCCUCCCCGUGGCCUCCAACAUAAACGACGUGAUCCUCUCUGCAGACCAGCAAGCCAUAGUUGGUUUAAUAGCGAAGAUGGGCGUGGACCGGGCACUCACCUCCUCGAUACAAGACGCGAGGGAGGCCUUUCUAAACGCUGUUGUUGAUAUCUUAUCGGCUUAUUCCACCACGCAGAACGCGGUGCAGGGCGUGGGCGGUGGGUUAAUCGCACCGGCCAAUAUCCUGCAGAUGCUGCCCGUGUAUGUUCAUGGGUUGUUGAGGGGGACGGGCUUCCGCACUGACCUCAAACCCACCCUGGACGACCGCGUGCACUAUCUCAACCAAUUAAAGUCCCUCCCUCUCUAUUUACUUAUUCAAACGGUGUACCCGGACCUUUAUCGGAUCGACCAGGUCCUCGCCACGCCCCUCCAAGAGCACGAAGCCCCCGAGGACGACCAGGACACGGACCCGCCCGUGGAGCUCCCACUCUUCCCUCUCCUCACCCUCGGGUCGGACCGGAUCGACGCGAGUGGGGUCUACCUCCUGGACCAACCAGAGUCCAUUCUAGUCUAUGUCAAUAGAAAUGUGGGCAGGGAGUUUUGCGUGGAUGUGCUGAAUGCGCAGGGGUUUGCGUUUUUGAAUGAGCAGAACGACCUCCCCGAUCUCCCCACCACGUCCAGUUUGCGGAUCCGUAACUUUGUGAAUUACCUCCAGUCCGUGAAGCCUUUUCCCGUUCCCUUGAGGGUUUUGAGGGAGGACUCCCGCGAGCGCCCCAGCUUCACCUCGAGUUUAAUCGAGGACCGUGGCGAGUCACAAAUUCCGAGUUAUUACGAAUUCCUUCAGCAACUCCAGAACCUCGUCAAAUAAUCAUUUCUUAAAUUCCAAUUUUAAAUUAAAUUAUAUACACAAAAAUCAUGAAAUAAACACAUUUUUCCAAAGAUAA